UAUUUCAAGGUCCUUUCAAGUGAUUUCUCACAAUUGAUUCUUUUUUCUCCUUGAGUUGAUGGUUCCCACAAAAAUCAGCUUAGUUAUCGGGUCCAUAUCAGUCGGAUGCUGACAAAAUUUGACAUGCAAGUUGACUAGUGUACAUAUCUGUCUUUGCCUAACAAGGUUUCAAGUUACAUGGGAUUAGCAAAUGUAGUCGAGUUAGUCAAGAAGGAUAUUGGAUCCUCCGUCAAGCUCUAAACUGAAAUUUGUCUAGGAGAAGACAAAGAAUGUGAAAAUGAUAUUUCAGUUCUCUUUUCUUUGGUGGACUGAUUUUGGAUAUGUAGCUAAAUGGGAAAACAUGCCAAGAAAUUGUCUUCAAACAUAAGUGCCUGCAGUAUAUGCCAAUUGCCAAGAUGUUCUUUUUUCUCUUACCAUGCAAUGGUAUGAUCCCAUCAAAUGCCACUCAGAGUUCAUUGUGAAUCUGUCGGGCGUGAUGGGAAAACAUGGAGAGUUUCACAAAAGCUCAAAUGUAAUCAAGUAGAUGAGUCUGAGCCUCUACCUAGAAGUUUGUCUGACAACCUUAGUGGGAUUGAUGCUGGCCGGUAAUGGAAUGAUGACGAACCUGAUUGUGUAUCUGAUUGAGGUGUUCAACAUCAAGAGCAUUGAUGCUACUCAGAUCACAAAUAUUCUUAAUGGUUCAGUCACUGUGCUACCAAUCAUUGCAGCAAUUCUUGCUGACUCUUUUUUAGGCAACUUCUCUGUUGUUGCAAUUUCUUCCUUUUUCUCUUUGCUGGGAGGGGUUCUCCUGACCUUAACAGUGUCUAUUAACUCCUUGAGGCCUCACUGUGAGACUGGAUCAAGCUUCUGCCAAGCUCCAUCAAGAGUUCAAUUUGCAGUGCUAUAUGCAGCUAUAGCCUUAGCAACUAUUGGCCAAGGGGCAAUGAGAUUUACUCUAGCAACUUUGGGAGCAAAUCAAUUUGACAAGCCUCA